AUGGGACCCAAGGCAGUUCUGCUUGCGCUGCCCGGGCCCACAUGCGACGAGGUGUGUCAACUGCUCCGUGAGGCAGCGGACCACGUGCGGGACAGCACUGCAGAGUACCGGUCCCAGAUCCUCAAGCUGUCCGAAACGCAGAUUGGAGCCCUCGCCCCCGCCAAGCUGGAGGAGAAAAUUCUUCGCGCGGUGUGGGGAAUGAGCUCCCAGAAGCUGUCUGAAGAUAUGGCGACAUUAUUGAGGCACUUCUGGAGCCACCAAGAGGCAGAGCUACCCGAUCCUGUGAGGGGUAACCUGCACAAAGUACUUCGGUACCUCAUCGAGAACAAGUCGUGGGAGACGGCAUCCUUCUUGCUGAGGACUGGACUCGAGAGCGGCGUGAAGACCAGUGUGUGCGGGUCGGUGCUGACGCAAGCAGACAUGCAUCCCGAGAGCCUCCAGGCAAUGGCGGAGCGCCUCUGGCAUGUCUUUGGAACGGAUGAGCCUGGUGAAGGGUGA